CUUGAGUGUCGAAAGUUGAACUACGCCAGUUUCAAUCUAUCUACUUUGUACUUGCAUGAAAAACCAGAAAAAUUAUGAAGACCGCCGUUAUCGUGUUAUUAAUUGCAGUAAUGUGCAUCCAAUCCGAAUUAUCGCUCGGUGCCCGCUCAAAAAAUAAAAACGCCAAAAAAACCAACGCAAACAAACCCCAAACUGAACAACCAAUAGACAACAACCAGAAUGUACCCGCUGCUAGUACUGCUCCAGCCACAAGUCCAGCCACCACUUCAGAUGAUUACCCUGACGUGAUCAUCAUGAAAGGAGACAGGAAAGGAGCCAUUACGAUUGAUGGAAAAACUGUGGAGCCGAAUGAUAGCCAGUUGAAGAAGGGUAUUGUCUGGGUGAACAUAGGUCGUGGUUAUAUUGUAAUCAAUAAUAACGUGAUCUUGGAUAGGAAACCUGUGAAGCUCGGUGCCAAUAUCACCAAGUUUGUCUACGAAGGAAUCGACAAUUUUGAAAUGAAAGUAAUGAAGAACGGUCGAGUUGAGUAUACCGAUGAUACGUUUGAUGAAGGAGAUCUACUGAGUGCUCAGAUGUACUAAUAAAUUUAUGAGUAGGCCUGUAUUAUGGUUCACGAAUCGUAAUAAAUUGAUUUAA